UCCGUCGCGCAGACCCUGCCGGAGCCGCCGCCGCUAUGGACGAUCGGGAGGAUCUGGUGUACCAGGCGAAAUUGGCCGAGCAGGCCGAGCGAUACGACGAAAUGGUGGAAUCAAUGAAGAAGGUAGCGGGAAUGGAUGUGGAGUUGACAGUUGAAGAAAGAAACCUGCUGUCAGUUGCAUAUAAAAAUGUGAUUGGAGCCAGAAGAGCAUCCUGGCGGAUAAUCAGCAGCAUUGAACAGAAAGAAGAAAACAAGGGAGGAGAAGACAAACUAAAAAUGAUUCGGGAAUAUCGGCAAAUGGUUGAGACUGAACUAAAAUUAAUCUGUUGUGACAUUCUGGACGUACUGGACAAACACCUCAUUCCAGCAGCAAACACUGGCGAGUCCAAGGUUUUCUAUUAUAAAAUGAAAGGGGACUACCACAGGUAUCUGGCUGAAUUUGCCACAGGAAAUGACAGGAAGGAGGCUGCAGAGAAUAGCCUGGUGGCUUAUAAAGCUGCUAGUGAUAUUGCAAUGACAGAACUUCCGCCAACGCAUCCCAUCCGCUUAGGUCUUGCUCUCAACUUUUCCGUAUUCUACUAUGAAAUUCUUAAUUCCCCUGACCGUGCCUGCAGGUUGGCAAAAGCAGCUUUCGAUGAUGCAAUUGCAGAACUGGAUACGCUGAGUGAAGAAAGCUAUAAGGACUCGACACUUAUCAUGCAGUUGUUACGUGAUAACCUGACACUAUGGACUUCAGAUAUGCAGGGUGAUGGUGAAGAACAGAAUAAAGAAGCGCUGCAGGAUGUGGAAGAUGAAAACCAGUGAGAGAGACGUCAAAGCCAACAAGAGAAUCCAUCUCUGACCACCCCACUCCUCCCCAACCCCACCCCCCCAAAAAUUCCCCAUUGUCAGUCACUGAGAACCACCAAAUCUGACUUUUACAUUUGGUCUCAGAAUUUAGGUUCCUGCCCUGUUGGUUUUUUUUUUUU